GUCAUCAUGGAGGCAAUGGUAGUAAUUAAGAUUCUGAUGCACAUUCAUUUGGUUUGUUUCUUGAAUAGGAAAUCGGUGCAAGUGUUUUGGGGACGAUAGGUUAUGAAUAGCCAUCAGGAAGAAAAAGCGCGGGAAGGAAGGGUUGUUGUAGUUGGGGGGCUGAGUGUUUUCUUUUGAAAAGUCGUUGUGGAGGCAAUGCAGGUAAAUACUUCCUAAUAUUGAAACCUUAAAACAAGUAUUCGCCUUUUUUAGUUCUGGGGCCUGGUGAAAAGAUGGCUUCCAGAAGACAAGUACCAGCGUCAUAUGGACGGUCACUACAAGCUCCAGGAAUGGUGCUUCAUGAAGAAUUGGCUGCUGGCCGCCGCCGCGUUGAUCCAUUUCCUCAUCCUGAGCUUCGGGAGAGCAGAUUUGCUGCUAGGGCUGCAGAGAUAGAACACCUUGCUGGAGACCAUCAUCGGUUGGCAGCUUCAUAUGUUGCCUUAAAGCAGGAAUAUUCUGUUGCUCAGAGAGAGUUACAGGAACUCGAGGAAUAUAUAAAAAGUACUCAAACAGAAGGCGACAUCCAGGUCCGGUUGUUGCAUGACAAGAUUGCCAAGAUGGAUGUGGACCUUAGAACCAUGGAGAGUAUGAGGAAAGAUGUGGAGGAGGCCCAUUUGGAAGCACGAAGCUUGGUAUCAGCCAAUAUGGAACUGAGCGGAAAAGUACAUCACGUUAUGGAGAAAUUGGAGAAAGCUCAUGCAGAUGUCAAGAAGCUACCUGAGAUGCAUGCUGAACUUGAUUCCUUAAAGAAAGAAUACCAGGAGCUGCGCAAGACCUUUCAGUAUGAAAAAGGUUUGAACAUAGAGAAAGUUGAGCAAAUGAAACUCACAGAGAAAGAAUUGAUUGACAUGGCCAACGAAGUGGAGAGAUUGCGUGCUCAGGUGGUAAUUGCCGAGAGAAGAGCUCGAGGUAUUGAUCCUUAUGGUCACCCCUACUUGAACUCAAAUCCCAUGUAUCCGGCUCCUCCUAUGCAUCUACCGGCCCAUAUAGACAGUUACCAGAGAUCUCAUCUUCCAGCAGCUCCUGGCACUAUGGGAGACUCAACGUAUCCAUAUGGAAGCAGCGUGGCUGUAAUUGCUCAGGGCAGAACAGGAGUUCCACCUCCCCCCGUUACUGAUGGCAAUGUAGCACAGGGAGGAAAUCUUGAUGCUCCACAAGGCGGGACUUGAAUUUUCUGCUGUGUGAUUUUUGGUCUGCUUGGCAAAGGUUGAAUCUUCGCGAUGUCAACCGGUUUUGCAUCCUUGGAACUUGUAUUUAAAUUUACUUACGCGAUUCCUUUUCGCGUUUAACUUGGAGAGGAUUUUAACAGCUCUGAUGUAAGAUUUGCAAGGCUGAAAAAGUAGUUCAUGAGACUGGAGAAUUGUACAUUUCAGUAUGCCAACUUAGUUUACCUGCACAUAUUCUAGUCCAUGGAAAAUUUUCAUGUUUAUGGAUUAUUAGCAAAGGCUACUUCUUUUCAUAUCAUUUUUAUAUGGGGAGAGUCUUUCGGAAA